GAUGCGUACUGUGUGAUGAGCAGAGCUGGCUGGAACGUCGCAUAGCCACAUCGAAAAAGGAGGCAGCGGUGUUUUGGUGCCGGGAGUGGUCUACGUUGCUCCUUAUUCCCUGUGAGCGAGUGUCUUGCACUGCACUACGGGCACCGAAGACAUGCUUACGAGCGCCAGCUGAGCCGUGAUUGGCUGAAAGGGUGGCUACGUUUCUCAGGACAAGUGAGAAGUAGGAUUGUCACAGACAGCCGGGACCAUGGGGACCUUUGCGGGACACGCCCUGCCCGGCACUUUCCUGUUCAUCCUGGGAACUUGGUGGGCUUUUGGCGCCUGGCGCAAUUACGUCCGCAGCCGGAAACACAAGCGACGGUACGCGUGCCGCGCCUGGUACGAGAUGCCAGGCGCGACCAGGCGCAUCUGCUUCGAGGGCAUCGCCAAGAUCGUCACCUGUUCCAUCGGCGUCACGGGAGAGGUGGCAACGGCCUUCAAGGACGGCCACUUCACAGAGAUGGGCAACGCCCAGCACGUCUCCAUGUACCUCUUCUACCUUCUCAGCGGUAUCGUCGACGUCAUGACUAACUGCGGCUUCCCGUUCCCGUCGCACACGGACUACGUGACACUGCUGCUCGCCGUCUCUGUAGAGGGACUACUGUUUCACUUCCAUCUGCACGGUAGACCCCACCUGGACGUACUGGUCCACACGCUCCUGGUCUACACCGUGGCGGCUGAGGCGGCCUGCAUCAUAGUCGAGAUGUGCCGUCCCCGGAGCGUGCUGGCGUCCCUGGGUCGCGCCUACUUUUGCCUAUUGCAGGCGACGUGGUUCUGGCAGGUGGGAUUCAUCCUACACAGCCCGUUUUCGGGGCUUCCGCCCUGGGACGUUCACAGUCACAUGGACAUGAUGCUCGCAGCCAGCGUGUUCACAUGGCACAUGAUGGCCCUGCUGGUGUACCUCGGUGCGGUGGGCUUCGUGGCUUGGGUCGCGUACCGAAUGUGUGGCAGGUGCUGCGAUGACGUGUCGGCGGCGGCGCAGGAAGCCGGUGACUCGCGGUACACGCUGGUGUCUGGAUCGCCGUUGAAACUGGCAAGCCAGGAGGCGUGCGCAGGAGACGGUGGGCUGAUCAUUCACUCAGCUCUCAGUGACUACAGCGAUGACGAUGCAUUCUUCUCCUGAGCUGUUUUCUACGAGCUGCA